CUCAAUCUCUCUUUUCUUCCAAUAGCUUUCACUUCGAGUAAAUUCCAAACGUGAAUCAAACACCUUACAAGAAUGAUUCUCAUACGAGGACCUGAUCCAAAGUCUAUAUAGCUCCUCUCUUUUUUAUUCAUGGAAGCAUAGCUACGCACACAGUUGACAUUAAUCUUGGUCUCUCUUUCAUUCCUUUUGGUGUUCCUUCUUCUUGUGUUUGCUGCUUGCUUGUCUUGCCGGUCAAAUAUUUGAAACUCAGAGAGAUCAAAUGAAGAAAGUGGUGGUGAAGGUAGAAAUAUAUGACACCAAAAACAAAAAAAAGGCUAUGAAGGCAGUCUCUUCCGUUUCAGGAAUUAAUUCCAUCGCCAUGGACAUGAAUGAGAAGAAAAUGACAGUGAUCGGAGAAGUGGAUCCUGUAGACAUCGUGGGAAAAUUACGCAAGUUUUGGCACACGGAAAUAGACUCUGUUGGGCCACCGGAAGAGCCUAAAGAGCCUGAGCCUGAGAAGGGGGAUGCCACAGAUUACAUCGGUGCUUAUAAUUAUCCCUAUAGGACAAGACUCUACUAUCUGGAUAAUGUCGCAGAAAAGAACCCCAACGCUUCUUGUAUUAUCUCUUAACUGGGAGGAUUCAUUUGAAGCUCCUUUAUACAGUUGGGGUCCUGGGAUAUGGUGGGUUGUGGUUGAUUCCUCUCCACUGUUUUUUCAAGGGUAUGCGAUGUGAAUAAAUAAAAUUUUGAAGUAUAAGCGUUUGUUAGGGAUAGGAUUCCUCUCCAUUGAGACAGGACCAGAGAGUGAUCCCGGGUGAUCUUAGGAUAUGUGCUGAGGUCUUUUCAGAUGUUGGAUCUCUCUCUAGUCCUUGGUUUCUAUGGAGAAGAGCCGGAUCAUGUCUGUUAGUGUUCACCCUUUAGUUAAAUAGCAAUUACAUGAA